CCGUCAGGGGCGAAGCCCGAGCAGCCCUCCCGGCCGCCGCAGAGCCCGGGGGCGGCCGGACAGGGGCCAAGCCCCCCGGGGACGCGCCGAGGGCACGGGGACAGGCCGCGGGGGCCGCGGGGAGGGAAGGUGGCCGGAGGAGGAGUCUCCGCGGGGGACGCGGAGGCAGGUGCACGGCGAGCGGCAGCCGGCCGGCUCCCACGGGGCUGGGGGUGCAAGGGGAGAGCACAGAUCGCCCUUGCCCCAGUAAUCAGCCCCAUGCACCCAGCCCAAACCCCGCGGGAAGCUUUAAGGAGAAUUCGAUACUGCUCUGCCUUUUUUUUUUUUCUUUUAUAGGUGUGUGCUCCAGGAUUGGUGCAGGGAGGCUGUUGCAGGUCCGGCGCCGGACCGACCCAUCCAAAGAGCAGCACUCCUCCGUGCCGCAGCCCUGCCGCCGAUCCCGCUUCCGCCUGGCCGGGGAGAGGCCCCGAAUCCCCGCGGGCGCGGAGGAAAAACCCGGCUGCCCGCUGCCGCCGUAACCCUGCGGCCGCCCGCCGCGGCUCGUCCUUCGCCAGCGCCCGGCCGCCCCGGCAUCUCCCCUCGCAGGCGGCUCCCGGCCUCGCGGCGGGCGGAGGGGAGGUGAUUUUGGGCGACGGCGGAUUUGACACCAGCGCCGUCCGCCCCCUCGCAAGAUGAGUAACACCACUCGUGCCCUGCCUUCUCCCGUGGCUCCCAGCACGGCUCCCGGGCUGGCCACAGCAUCCAGCCCCCCGAUGCUCACCGUCCUGGAUGCUUCCCUGCUCGUAGCCACCCACAACGAUUCCCAGGAGAGCGGGCAGCUCUUCCUGACCACCACGGCGGCGCAGGUCGUCUCCGGCCUCUUCGUGUGGUCGGCGCUGAUCAUCACCUUCCACCAGAUCUACAUGCACCUGAGGAAUUACACCAUCCCCAAGGAGCAGCGCUACAUCAUCCGCAUCCUCUUCAUCGUGCCCGUCUAUGCCUUUGACUCCUGGCUCAGCCUCCUCCUCCUUGGGAGCCACCAGUAUUAUGUGUACUUUGACUCAGUGCGCGACUGCUAUGAAGCUUUUGUGAUUUAUAGUUUCCUGAGCCUGUGCUUCGAGUACCUCGGCGGGGAGAGCACCAUCAUGGCAGAGAUCCGAGGGAAGCCCAUUGCGUCCAGCUGCUUUUACGGGACGUGCUGCCUGCAGGGCAUGUCCUAUUCCAUUGGGUUCCUGCGCUUCUGCAAGCAGGCCACACUUCAGUUCUGCAUCGUGAAACCCCUCAUGGCCAUCGUCACCAUCAUCCUGCAGGCGUUCGGGAAGUACCAUGAUGGAGACUUCAAUGUCCACAGUGGCUACCUCUACAUCACCAUCAUCUACAACUUCUCUGUCAGCCUGGCGCUUUAUGCCCUCUUCCUCUUCUACUUUGCCACCAUGGAUCUCCUGCGGCCGUUUGAGCCAGUCCUCAAGUUCAUCACCAUCAAGGCAGUCAUCUUCCUCUCCUUCUGGCAAGGGACACUGCUGGCAAUCCUGGAGAAAUGUGGGGUGAUCCCUGAAGUUCAGAUUAUUGAUGGGAAGGAAGUGGGAGCUGGGACAGUGUCUGCUGGCUACCAGAACUUCAUCAUUUGUAUUGAGAUGCUUUUUGCCUCCAUUGCUCUGCGCUACGCGUUUACUUGUCAGGUGUAUAGAGAGAAGAAAGAAAAUUCAACAGCAAACCUUGCCCCAAUGCAGAGCAUCUCGAGUGGGCUGAAGGAGACCAUGAGCCCCCAGGAUAUCGUGCAGGAUGCGAUUCACAACUUCUCGCCCACGUACCAGCAGUAUACCCAGCAGUCGAUGCAGGAGGCAGAGCGCAAAGCGCCCGGGGAGAACGGGCACAUGGCAUCCAAGGCAGAGGGACUGAGCAGCAGAAAGAGCAAAAACAUUGAGAAAAGAGUGCUCAUCCUGUCAGACGAGGAGCUGUAGGAGACACCAGAAAGGACAGUGACACUGGAGAGGCUUAAAGCCAUGCAAAUGGGAACUGUCUCAAGGCUGAGACAACCUGGUCUAAUCAGAGCACGAAGACAGUAAAAGAGGUAGGCCAGGAUAGCUUAUUAAUCUCCUCAAAAAGCCAGUCUCUUGAAGUGAAGAUGCAAUAACCAAGGGAAAAGUUAAAUCAAAUAGUGCCAGCUUCUACUGUCCCACCUCUACUGGUAUCAGAGAUUGGGCGGUCUUUGCUCCUACGCCUGUGACUGAGCCCCCAUGCCUUGGUCUGUGCUUUGCCUGCCCCACUGCCGGUAUUUUGUUGUCAGUCUCAUGCCUGUAUCCACACUCUGGGGAUGCUGUGCAGGGACACGAACCAGGCUCCUGGGCAUUCCCAUAAGCGCUAUAAGAUGGACUUGCUGCCUUCACCCUCCUCUUGUCUACAAAGAGUGUUGAGGCCUGAGACAAAUGCUUUUCUCAGCACAGUUCUGCUCUAGUUUCUCUUGAUUUCAGUAAAAGUGAUCUCUAAGGAUCUUGUGGAGAAAAACAGACCAGGAAGGUGACUUCACUUCACCUCAAAACCCGGUAAUGUUUUAAAGAUGUUAUUCCUUACUUUUAUAUAUUCUUCCCCCUCCCAUUCCCCUAGAAAAGGCUGAGGAGUUGUGUAGAAGACCUUUUACCGGGAGGGGAAGAGUUGAUCAUCUUCUCUCUCUUGUUGGGGAUGCAGCUGCCCAAAAUAGUAAUUCCCCUGGGAAGUGGUGGUAGGACCAUGCCUGGGGCUAAAGCAAGGUCUUGCAGCUGCAUUUGAGAGCUGUUGGUGACAGAACCUCUUGUUUACGUCUAAACUGACUUAUCUCCGAAGCGAUCAGAAGUUAAAAGGGAUUCCAGUUUCCUUAUCGACGUGGUUAUUAGGGAACCGGACUGUGACUGGUGGUGGUAGGAAUGUACUUGCUGGAAACUGUCUGUUCUUCCUAACCCCUUUCUAUUUAAUGUCCCUAUCCCUGUAUUCAGAAGACAAGUAUUGUAGCUAGAUGCAUUACAGCCCCGUAUCUGGGCUGAGCACCAGAAGAAUUAAUUGAUGUUGGAGAAACUCAUGAGUGCGGUGGCACUAGGGCUGCCCAUGAGCCAUUUCUCGGCCUUGGCACCUCUGUGCACCUGCAAAGGUGGCUUUGCCCAACUGGGGGGAGCCGAGACCAGUUGGGCUGGCAGCGGUGGGGACAGGCCUGGCUGCUGCCAUCGUGGCUCGGGGCAGCGCUGCUUGCAGGGAACAACACACCGUACUGAAGAGCUAGAUGGAUUUCCCCCCAUCAAACAGUGGCAAAGAGCACACAUGCUGUUAAACUUCCUCUGUGUGGGUUUUUCUUUUUUCCUCAGGCUAGUCUCAUACCUAAUGCUGUUAAUCAGAUGAUUUCUGGGAACUCAUUUGGGAACUGGCUAGAGUAUUGUUUGGGGGUGGGUGGUAGCUGGAUAGUGAAAGGACAAGGGCAAGUCUACGACCUCAGAUUUGCAAUCAUGUGGCAAACAAACCUAUGGGUAAGGCUUAUAGCCAUUUUUCACUCAACUCCUAGUGUUUUUUUUCCUGCUCUUGAGCUGCAAAGUGUAAAUUGCAACCUGAAAUUAUUUUAUUUAUGAAUUUUUUUUCUAAUAAACAGCAAUUUCUACUGUGGA